CUCUCUCUGUGUCUGGGUCAGUGUUUUCAACAUUUCCUCCUUAUUUAAUUCAAAAAAAAAAAAGGGGAGGGGGGGAACAACCUUGACUGCGUUAAUUAAUGGCAACGAUGAACCAGUGUGUAGUCGUACAUACGUUCAUUCAAGAGCGCAAAGCACACUCCACUACCUGCUACUAUCACCUUUACGGACACAGGGCUCGGCUCAGCUUCAUUUCCCCUGCCCUUUUCCGUUCUCCUUCUCCCUUCUCUUGACGGUUCUCACUCUCUCAGUGUAACCUCCCUUUCUCUCUCUAGAUUGAGAGGCCCUUUCCCAUGCGCUUUUGCUAAGUUCACGCUCACAGGCAGAGACACCAGGCAGCCCCCUUUUUGUACAGUUCUCCGCCAGUUUUCAAUCCGUCCUUGUGGAGCUCCGAUUUCCCGCAUGGAGUCCCGCUCAUCCGCCCCUAUUUCUUGAGCUUGCCUUCAGGAGUUCUUCUCCCCGAUAGCCAACUUUGAGAAAACUCUCUGGGAAAAUGGCAGGAAAGCGACUUGCUCUGGUGACCCUCUUUGGUUUUCUGGCGCUUUUAGCUGCGGCGGAGGAUUCCGGCACCGUCGACAAGCAUGCAUUGCUCGAGCUCAAAUCUGCCAUCACCGAGGACCCUUUAGGGUUUCUCUCUAACUGGGACCCGAAUGAUCGGGACCCUUGUGCUUGGAAUGGUGUUUCUUGUGACCCAUUCUCCGGUAGAGUCUCUGCUCUCCGUCUCUCCUCGGGCGGGUCCUCUGGGUGCCCCGAGCAAGACCCGUUUGUCAAGGCAGGUGAUUUCUCUCUGUUCUUCCCUUGCUUUGGCUCUGAAGGUGAUGGAAACAAGAACCAGUCGGUGAAAUUGAGAGGUAAGCUCUCGCCUGCUGUAGGCCUGCUGUCUAGGCUUAGGGUCUUGUCUCUUGGGUUCAAUGGUUUUAGUGGCAUGCUGCCUCAGGAACUCGGAAAACUUCGGCCUUUGGAAGUUCUUGAUUUGGGGUUCAAUGAGUUUACCGGACCCAUACCCGUCUCUCUCCAAAACUGCACUGCCCUAGAAGUUAUUAAUCUCUCUGGUAAUCUGCUCAAUGGGACGAUUCCCUCAUUUUUUGCUGCGUUCUCUAGUGCCAAGUUGAUCUCCCUGUCGUUUAACAUGUUCACCGGCCCCAUUCCGCUUGCGUUAGGUGGCACUAAUUGUCUAUCGCUUGAGCAUCUUCAUCUGCCGGGCAACUUGCUCUCGGGUCCGAUCCCCCCAAGCCUUGGGAGCUGCAGCGCGCUGCGGUCUCUGAUACUGUCCUCAAACAUGUUACAGGGCAGUAUCCCUUUGGCUCUAGGGAGCCUCGGGAUGCUCGAAGUUCUCGACCUGGCGAGAAACUUCUUGAGCGGGGCAAUACCAGCAGAAUUGGGCAGUUGCAAGCAGCUCAAGCUGCUAGUUCUCAAGAACAACUAUGGCCCUCUAUUAUCCAAUUCAGCUCUAGGAAGGCAAGAUGGAGAGGAGGAUGAGGAUGAUUUCAAUUUUUUUGAGGUGGAAUUACCUGAUGCUGUUGUGAAGCUUCCUGAACUUCGUAUACUUUGGGCACCCAACUCAAACCUCGAGGGAAGUUUAAACCCGAAAUGGGAAUCUCAUUGUAAGAUGGAGAUGCUGAAUCUAGGGCAGAAUUAUUUCACCGGAGAGUUUCCCGAGUCCAUUUCCAGCUGUAAAAGCCUGUACUUUCUUGAUCUAAGCUCCAACAACUUCAGCGGGUUGCUUCACGGGAAUAUUUCUGUUCCCUGCAUGGCGGUCUUUAAUAUUAGCAGGAACUUUUUGUCAGGAGGUAUUCCAGAAUUCACUUAUGGUAACUGCUCUGAGAAGUUGGCAGACUUGGGGAAGCGGGACUCUGAUGUGUUCAGUUUCUAUGCUUCUUUCUUCUAUAGGAAUGCUCUCACAAGCAUUGCGUCAUACUUGUCACGUGCUGAAGGAGUAACGGUUUUGCAUGAUUUUAGCAACAAUUUGUUCAUUGGGCCUAUCCCUCCUUUAAUGAUUGCUCCGGGGAGUUUAUCAGCUUGGCCUUUCUAUGGAUUCUGGGUGCAAGGAAACAAUCUAACUGGGAAUCUCUCAUCGUAUUCUUUCGCCGCGUGCCCUAAUUUGGAAGGACUGGUCUUCAACAUUGGUAACAACAAAAUAACCGGCGAAAUUCCUUUAGUUAUGGGCAGCGCUUGUCGGAGCAUGAAGCUUCUAAACAUGGCAGGCAAUGGUAUGACAGGUUCAUUUCCUCAGACGUUUGUCCAUUUGGAGGGACUAAUGAAUCUUAACCUUAGCCGGAACAAGUUGCAGGGUCAGGUACCUUCUUACAUUGGGCAGAUUGAGAAUUUGAGAAGCCUCUCUCUUUCAGCUGGUAACUUCACUGGCACGAUUCCUCGGGAAUUAUCUCAAUUGACUUCUUUGGAGGUUUUGGAACUGUCCUGGAACAAAUUUUCUGGGGAAAUUCCGCCUGAUCUUGCAAAACUCGAGCAUCUCACUGUUUUGAGGUUAGACCACAACAACCUGUCAGGUCAAAUACCUGCUGGGUUCGGUAAAAUGACUUCCCUCUCAGUGUUUAAUGUCUCUUACAACCAUCUAUCAGGUCCCAUACCCUUGAACCCGAGCUUGGCAAAAUGCGAGAACGUGCAAGGAAACCCUAAGCUUCCUCCAUGUCAUCCCAACUCCUCAUUACCCUGGGAGUGGGACCAGCGGCAGAAUACUGGCAACGUUUCUGAACAGGCCAACAAUUCUCCAACUGAAAGCACAGAGGAUAGCAAAAGUGACAACAACAGCUUCAGUCGUAUAGAGAUUGCUGCCAUAACAUCAGCCUCGAUUAUCUUUGCAAUUCUGAUAUUGUUGAUCCUUUUAUUAUUCUGCAUGAAGAGGUUCGGCAGCAAGGCUGUCUACGGUCAGGGCCCAGAGCGUAAAGAAGUUGUUACUUGCAAUGGUAUCGGAAUCGAGUUGACCUACGAGAAUGUUGUCCGGGCCACGGGUGGUUUCAAUAUUCAAAAUUGCAUAGGGAGUGGAGGGUUUGGGGCCACAUACAAGGCUGAGAUUGCGCCUAGGGUUGUGGUGGCUGUGAAGAGGCUCUCAGUGGGAAGGUUCCAGGGUGUCCAGCAAUUCUCAGCAGAGAUACGAACCCUUGGACGGGUCCAGCACCCUAACCUCGUGACUCUAAUAGGGUACCAUGUCAGCGAGUCAGAGAUGUUCCUUAUUUACAAUUACUUGCCAGGUGGCAAUCUUGAGAAAUUCAUCCAGGAUCGACCACGGAGGACCGUGGGUUGGGGCAUGCUCCACAAGAUCGCCCUUGACAUUGCAAAGGCCCUUGCUUACCUACAUGACGAGUGCGUUCCUAGGGUCCUGCACAGGGACAUCAAACCCAGCAACAUCUUAUUGGACAAUGACUUCAACGCCUACCUCUCCGACUUUGGCCUUGCCCGUCUGCUGGGCACUUCUGAGACCCACGCCACCACCGAUGUGGCAGGCACCUUUGGAUACGUUGCCCCUGAGUACGCGAUGACAUGUCGGGUGUCGGACAAGGCAGACGUGUACAGCUAUGGGGUUGUCCUCCUAGAGCUCAUAUCGGAUAAGAAGGCCCUGGAUCCUUCUUUCUCCUCUUAUGGUAAUGGGUUUAACAUUGUGGCUUGGGCAAGCAUGCUUCUUCGUCAGGGCCAGGCGAGUGAGUUUUUUGCUGCAGGGCUCUGGGAAAGUGGACCCCAUGAUGACCUCAUCGAGGUCCUUCACCUAGGUAUCAAGUGUACUGGUGAGUCUCUCUCUGCAAGGCCUUCAAUGAGGCAGGUCGCGCAGAGGUUGAAGCGGAUUCAGCCGUCUCCGACUUAGCUGAGGAUUCUGUGGAAAGUACAGGUUUUUCUGCAUAAAGUUGUUGACAGUGUUUCUAGAGGAAGAGGUGUGACUAAUAAUUGGUUAUAAUUGUUAGAAGGUGACAGUGUUUCUAGAGGGAGAGUUGUGACUGAUAAUUGGUUAUCAUUGUUAGAAGGUUACAGAAGCAAAGAAAUAUGAAUAGUUGAUGUCAAUAGAAAGGAGUUUUGGAUUGCCCUUAUGUAAUUUCUGCCGACAUUUCUUCAUAAUGCUUUUGCACAUCUAACUUUACACCCGGCUUUUCUGCUUGGAAUUUUUCCCAGUAUCUUAAAACUGAUAGGGCCAUAAUUGUCUCAAGAAACCGGUCUUUUCUAUCGGUGUGUAUUGGGAUGUGAAUCCACUGAAUGGGACCAUCCAAAGUAACUCGUGGUAAUUUUAUAAUUCUGGCUA